UAUUCAAUUCAAGCACCUUACUGAAUUCAGUCAGUGUCGUCGAGAGAGUUAUAGAUACAACAUUAUACGUAUAUGACUUUGUUUCGUUAAACAAAAGUGUGUCGCCGUGUUCCGAUCACAAAAGUAAAUAAGUUUUUCGCGUCGUGUUCGUGUGGGUUAAUACAAUCUGUGGCCAAAUAUGACGCUAAACAUUUACGCUUUAACCAUUUUCAUAAUCGGAACGAGCUUAAUUUGCGUAUCGUCCCAGCAACAAAGAACAUUCCGCAUCGACCAUCAAAACAACAAAUUUCUGUUGGACGGUCAAGAUUUUCAAUAUGUGUCCGGUUCAUUUCAUUACUUUCGUACCGUGCCAGAAGUAUGGCCAGCUCGGAUUCGAACGAUGAAACAGACAGGACUUAAUGUUCUAGACACGUACGUGGAAUGGGCUUUACACAAUCCCCAGGACGGAGUGUACGAUUUCAGUGGAAUGGCCAAUUUAACUCAAUUUUUGGAUAUUGCUGCGGCUGAAGGAUGUUUAGUAAUUUUACGACCAGGUCCUUACAUCUGCGCUGAACGAGAUAAUGGUGGCCUGCCGUAUUGGUUGUUCACUAAAUAUCCGAACAUAAAAGUUAGAACUAUAGAUGCCGAUUAUGUCAAAGAAGUGGCAAUUUGGUAUGCAAAUUUGAUGCCACAAUUGACACCGUACAUGUAUGAAAAUGGAGGACCCAUAAUCAUGGUGCAGGUUGAAAACGAGUAUUCGUCGUAUUACGCAUGUGACAGGGUCUAUAUGAAUUGGCUGCGCGAUGAGACCGAGAAAUAUGUACAAAGCAAGGCCCUUCUGUUUACCGUCGACAUUCCGACCACACCCGGUCAAAUGAGAUGCGGCACGGCGGAUGAGGUUUUCGCGACGACUGAUUUUGGAAUUGAGGUGGGCGAAAAUGAAAUGGACAGUGUGUGGGCGAAGUUACGUGAAAUACAACCGACUGGACCGCUCGUCAAUUCGGAAUUUUAUCCGGGCUGGUUGACUCAUUGGCAUGAUAAGAACCAAAGACGUGACGGGGAACGAGGUGCAAAUGUGAUUAAGAAAAUGCUUGAGAUGGGGGCUAGUGUCAAUAUCUACAUGUUCUUUGGCGGAACUAACUUCGGGUUUACGGCGGGUGCGAAUGGACCACUGGUUGGAGGAUAUCAAGGAGAAUACACUGCUGACAUAACAUCAUAUGACUACGAUGCUGUUAUGGACGAGGCUGGUGAUCCAAAUGAGUAUGGAUCGAAGUAUCAAAAGUACCAGGCAGUAAUUACGCAAUUCUUCAACAUAACACCGGAGACAGUUACAAGAGCACCAAAAAUGGUACUCCCUUCAAUACAACUGCAUCCAAAAGGAUAUUUGAUAUCUGCGAAAGGAAAGAGUCAUCUGGGAAAAGAUGUGAAUGGACAGAACAAAACAGUGACAUCUCAACGACCACUUUCGUUCGAAGUGUUGGACCAAUUUUCUGGAUUCGUGCUGUACGAAACCGAACUGCCGACUUUGGAAUUGGAUCCAACUGAGCUGGUGGUUGAGGCAUUACACGAUCGGGCUCUGGUCUAUGUCGACCAAGAGUAUGUCGGAUGUUUGUCCCGGGAAAAUGACGUCCGUUCGUUGUCACUGCAUCCUGGUCUAGGCAGUACAUUACAAAUUUUAGUUGAGAACCAGGGACGCAUCAAUUAUAACGUUACGGACGACUUCAAAGGAAUCUUAGGUUCGGUAACAAUUGCUCAGAGAAGCGGGGUGCCACUAGAACUACUUCGAUGGACUAUGACCGGUUUUCCUCUCACCACUUACUCUCACAUAGACAACUUCAUAAAGGAUACAACUGUAGAGAAUGUUCGCAUAAGCACAAAGGGAAUGUUUACCGAAGGGCCGAUUAUAUUCCAUGCCGAAUUCCAAGUGACAGCCGAUGAAAUCUACGACACUUAUUUGGACGUUUCCGGUUGGGGAAAGGGAAUUCUUUACAUAAAUGGUUUCAAUCUGGGAAGAUAUUGGCCAUCGGUCGGCCCACAAAUAACAAUGUACGUUCCCGGUGACAUCUUGCAGGGAGGAACGAACGAAAUCGUGAUGAUAGAAUUGGAGAGACUGUCGCCCAGAAACAAUAACUACGUGCGAUUCCUGAACGAAUCGAUAUUGGAUGGUUCGCCUGAUGGAAAUAUUGGAGGAAACAAUGGAAUCAACAAUUCGCUUAUCGUGGCAUCAUUUCCGCAUUUAGUCGUUCUUUUGAUAGCAUUCGUCUUGUUCAAAAACUACUAAAAUGCGGGAAGUGGAUGCCACAUUGAGAUGUGAAAUAUUUUAGAGUUUCGAGUCAAUUAUGAAAUACAUUUUGCUCUCAAAAGCCUUCUACCUACUUGA